UAUUUCUAUAGUUCGUUUAUUUAUAUAUUUUGCUAAGAUUGUUUUUUGGCUUCGAUGUUUAGCACCUUAAUGGCUCGUACAGCUGCAUUAACCGUAGCGCUUUAUUUCACCAAUCGCGUUGGCAUCUGGGGCAACACGGAUGCAUCCGAUAAACUCUAUCAACAUAUAUCCAAGAGACUUGAACCGGUUCGUCAAAUGAUCCCAGAACUAUCCAAGACAGAAAUAGGACUCAUAGCGCGUAAAUAUUAUGAAUUUAGCAUCAAGGAGGGUUAUCAACUGAUGCGACAGUUGCCCGAUUAUAAGGGCCAAUUACUGGAAUUGGCCAAAAGUUGGCCAAAACGAAGCAAGAAGAAUAAGAUGCAACAAGAGGAGGGAACAACGAGUGAUGAGGAGGUUUUCAACUGGCUGCCAGUUUUAACUGUUGCCGUUGUUGAUAACGAUAACGAUAACGAUGAUGAUAACGAUAACGAUAACGAUGAGACGAGUGAAUGUGCUGUCACUGCCUCCAACCAUGCAACAUGCAACACAAGAAAUACAUAAAGCAAUGAAACUAAAUGUUAAGUGGAAAUGAGCUGUGUUGCAAGUCGGUUGGUGGUGCCACCAAUUGCAAUCUUGGUGUCAUUUCAACCGGAAUGCGAAACUAAAUCGGCAUCGAGAAUCUCUGGGAUCUUUUGGAACUUUGGCAAAUCGAAUUCAAUUUUAGCUGUGUUUUUAAGAUAUGUCUUUUUCAAUCGGUUCUUUGUGGACUUAGUUCUUGUUGAUCUAAGACAGUUCCAAAUCUUAACAAAUUCCAGUGGAUCUAAUGAUCUAACGUCUUUUUAGUUAUUUGCGAUGAUCAUAUUAAACACAACAAAUAAUAUAAAGGUUAAUUUCUA